GAGGGCGAGAUUUAAUCAAAAUCAGUCAACAGGUGAGACAGCGCGUCCAAAAUCGUUAGUGUGCUCGCGGGACGCCGCCUUUAUCCGGAGCAUGUCGGUCUCUCUCUAGUGCCCCUAAUGGACCGCCUUCACGCGCCUUCAGCUCCAGAAUCAGGGAGAGAUUGCUUCACACACGCACUCAGCCUUCUCCGCGUUCGCGUGUGCGCGCUCCCGGUAAUUCUCCAGCCCUGGGGGAUCGAAGAGGAAGACACUUGUGGCACAGAGUGAUGAAGAGCAGGACGCUGCUUGUAUUCAUCACACAGUGAAACUAUUCAGAUUUACUGAACGCUGCGCUCGGAUCUCCAAACUUUCAGAGACCCGACCGAUGUGGACAGAUGUGCUGAUCCAGAUCUGAAUCCGCAGCGUGUUCAUCAGCCGAUCAUCAAGUAACAAUCUCUACUGACAGACAAAAGAGAAGAGGAAGAUCACUGGAGGAGAAGAGAAAGACAGAAGGCUGUAAGAAAGCUAAGCUAGAGGAAGAAAAAGAGAGAUAUGAUGGAUCCGUUACCUCUGGAUUCAGGAACAGUGGACGAGUUGGUGGACUUCUGCAUACAAUCUUUUGACAGUGAAGGCACAAUUAAAGAUCGCUCCUUUGUGAAAAUGUUUCUGAUGAUGCAUCCUUGGUACAUAUCCUCCACCGAUCUGUCCAAGAAACUGCUGCUAAAGUCACAGGAAGGCAGCACUGAUGAGAUCAGAGCCCAAAUAUGUCACCUUGUAAAGUUCUGGAUUUCCGAAUAUCCAGUAGAGUUUGAUCUGAAUCCUGCUUUGGCUGACCAGAUUAAAGACCUGAGAGAGAACUUGAACACUGGCGGCAAUGAAACACAGAGUCAGCUUAUCGAUGUAGAGAGUGUGCCCUCAUAUAAAUGGAAACGUCAGGUUACCCAAAGAGUUCCAUCGAUGUCAAAAAAGAGAAAAAUGUCCCUUUUGUUUGAUCACCUGGACCCCUGUGAGCUUGCUGAACAUCUGACCUAUCUGGAGUACAAAUCCUUCUGCAAGAUAAUGUUUCAGGAUUAUCACAGCUUUGUGAUGCACGGCUGUACGGUAGAUAACCCCAUCCUGGAGAGGUUCAUCACGCUCUUUAACAGCGUCUCGCAGUGGAUUCAGCUGAUGGUUCUGAGUAAACCCACCGCACCGCAGAGAGCUGCUGUGAUCGCACACUUCGUACGGGUCGCACAGAAACUCCUGCAGCUGCAGAAUUUCAACACGCUGAUGGCGGUGGUCGGGGGUCUCAAUAACAGCUCCAUCUCUAGGCUGAAGGAGACACAGGCACACAUCAGCAAUGAAACUAAUAAGGUAUUUAACAGCUUGCUGGACCUGCUGACAUCUUGUGGAAACUACAGUCAUUACCGGCGCCGCUUCGCUGAGUGCACCGGUUUCCGAUUCCCAAUCCUGGCUGUUAACCUCAAGGACUUGAUAGCUGUUCAUGUUGCUCUUGCGGACUGGACAGACCCACAGAAGACCCGCGUCAACUUGACUAAAACUCAGCAACUCUAUGCCAUCCUGCAGGAAUUGGCUCUCGUGCAGAACAAUCCUCCUAACAUCGAGGCCAACACAGACUUACUCAAUCUUCUUACAGUGUCACUGGAUCAGUAUCACACAGAAGAGGAGAUUUAUCAGCUCUCAUUACAGAGGGAACCCAGAGCGGCAAAACCAGCGAACUCAACCUCUUGCUCCAGUCCAGCUCCUAAACAGCUCUCAAUGAUAGACGAGUGGGCGGCAUCGGUCAAGCCUAAAGCUGAUCCUGCUAUCAUCAGCAAACAUAUCGAGAAGAUGGUGGAUUCUGUGUUCAAGAAUUUCGACACGAACGGCGACGGGUUCAUCUCACGCGAAGAGUUUGAGUGUAUCAGGAAUAACUUCCCUUAUCUCAGCAAGUUCGGAGAACUUGAUAAAAAUCAGGAUGGAAAGAUCAGCAGAGAGGAGAUGAUAGAUUACUUUAUGAGGGCCAGCUCUUUGCUCAACUGUAAGAUGGGCUUCAUACACACCUUUAUUGAGACCACAUACGUGAAGCCCACCUUCUGUGAACACUGCACCGGCUUUAUAUGGGGCUUUUAUAAACAAGGAUACAAAUGCAAAGUCUGUGGUGUGAACUGUCAUAAAGCAUGUCAUGGACGCCUGACGGUCGAAUGCCGUAAAAGAACGAAGAGCAUCAGUCAUGAGACUCCACCGUCACUGCAGUCCAGAUCCUACAGCUUUCCUCUGCCCAGCAACGCCCCGUCAAACCUGCAGAACACAGUCAUCACAGAAGAGGAUGUUGAGGCAGCUGAGGAGGGUGUAUUUGACUGUCACCUCUAAACUGAUUUUUGUCUGACUUCACAAAUGGUCAGCAUGUCAACAAGGAGUCUUGUAUUUGGUCAAAUUGAAGUCAAAGGAAAAAAGAUCUAGAGUUAGAAUGGAAUUGUGGGAUGGACUGUGUUCGCUCACUCUCACGGUGAGACAUGGACAUGCUGCUAUCUGCUGGACUGUAGCUGCAACUGCUGAACAGAUCAACCACCUCUUCCCUGUGAAGUCUGAAUGUCAUCUCACACAUAUCUCAAAAUCCAAGCGUAUUUGUAGGAUUUAUCAUUAUGGUGUAUAUUCCUCCCAGGUUGCUUGAAAUACCUUGUAAUUUUACUUUUUUUAAAUUAAAAAGAAAGAGAAGGAGGAAUUUUCAGUGACUGUGUUCUGAGGUACAGACUUUUUAAAAGUACUUUUACUGUAGUGAUAAGAUUGUUUUUUUGUGAAUGCAACUAAAUUGGAGCUUGAUGACACCAAAAUAGUUGCAGCUGAAUUUCAGUGUGAACUCGUGGUGGCAUAGAUCAAGUGUGUUUGUGUCUGAAAUAUUAUGCAAUCAACUGUAAUGUUCUUUAAAAUCAAAAAACUUUUUUUUUUUUAAUGAAUCUGUCUUCUUGAUAUAAAAAGUAGUUGAUAUUCCAGCUGUAACUAAUGCAUCCAUGUUGAACGCUGUUCAAACAAAACAAAAAAUAUAUAUAUUAUAUAAACAUAUAUAAAAAGAAAGCAAUUAUAUAGAAUUAAAGAGCACUCUGUUCACGUUCACAUUCAAAAGCCUUCCUUUCACACAACAAAUAUUGUGUCAACAAGAUUUUUAAACGAAACAAUGAAUUUCUUUUUUUUUUUUUUACUUUUUUUCAUCUGGCAAAUGAAUAAGCUGCCAAAUAAGAAAUCAGCUUUGGGUCACAUGUCCAGAGCCUUUUCCAGCUGUGUAUCUGAGCAUUAAACACUAACUAAUAAAGAAUCUGAAUUAAUUUAAAGGGUCAAUCACUCAUGAUGGGUUGGAUGCAAUCCAAAUGAUUAAAUGGCUCUAUCCACCAAUGGAGAUUUUAAUGAUUUCCAAUCCUAAAAACUCUAAAGUCAUUAAAUAUAAGAACGUAAAUAAGAAAAUGGGAUUUUCAUGGGGAAAUGACAUUACCAUGGCCUUUUGCUGAAGAACUAAAUCUAAUUAGAUAAUGAUAAUAAGUAGUUCUUGUGGUUCUGUGUUCAAAAGAUGUUAAACAUCUGACUCUGUUGUGAGAUGCCAAAAACAUCAUCUGUUUCACAACACUAGGUCCAUAUUUCAAAUCUGAGAAUAUCCCCAUUCUCUCUCUUUUUUAAUGUAGCUACUGUAUGUUGUAGCAUUAGCUGUUAAGAUGUGAUUUACAAAAUUCUUCCGAUGAUCUGAGAAACUGUUGAUAUUAGUCUGGGAGAGCUGACUCUUAUGUUAGUGAGGCAUGUAACGCAUGUAUCGCAUGCAUGUUAACUGAUAUGUUCUUUUCAUAUAUCCUAUGGCGUUUUGUUGAAUGUUUUGUACAGUACAGUGUUUUGGCAUUAAUUAAAAGAGAAAUGAAGAUGUGUUUAAAAUGAGAAUGUAAAUCUGUGGUGUUGCACACUGUAAUACAGAAGAUGACGUCUUUUCUUGGUUAUGACUGAAUGUUAUUUCUCUCAUGCAACUAACUUUUUUAAUGUGCAUGUGUGUAGGAAUCUUUCAGUGACAAUAAAUAUUGAUAUCAAAAUA